AUGCCACCCAAAAAAUCCACUUCGUCUGCGGACGCGGAAGAUGCGACGACAACGACGACGAUACAGACAACUGAGCAGCAGCUGAAGGCGCAGGCUGAUGGCGGCGACUACCUGCUCCCUCGAGCCCUCACGCAGCGUCUGGCCAAGAGCGUGCUGCCGCCCAACACGACUAUCCAGAAAGACGCACUCCUCGCGAUUCAAAAGGCCGCGACGGUCUUUGUGUCCGCCAACGAAGCCACGCUCAAACGCACCAUCGCGCCGUCCGACGUCUUCUCCGCCCUCACCGAACUCGAAUUCGACUUCUUCCGACCGCGACUGGAGCGCGAGCUGGAAGCACACACGGAGGCAGCGGCGGGGAAGAAGCGCGCCUCGAAGGAGAAAAAGGCUGCAGCCGCCGCAAAAUCCGCAGGAGAGACGGAGACCGCGAAGGGAGCAGCGGGUAGUAGUAAUGUGCACGGCGACGACGAUGAGGAGGAGGAGGAAACGACUCGACAAGCGAAGAGGGUGAAGCGUGAUAGCGAUGGCGUAGCCUCAGCAGCAGCGGCGACGGCGGCGACAACGACAACCGCUACGAACAGCGCGGCAGCAGCAGCAACAGCAGCAGCAGCCGACACAGAAGAGACCGAAGAGGGAGUAGACGAGGACGAGACAGAGGAAGCCGAGGCCGAAGAAGAGGAAGGCGAAGGCGAAGGCGAAGGCGAAGGAGAAGAAGAGGAGGAAGAGGAGGAAGAAGAAGAAGAAGACGACGACGACGACGACGACGACGACGACGACGUAAACGAGCACGAAGCAGACCGUGUCGAAGACUUAG